CUUUUUUCACAUGAAAACAUGAUAAUCCAUGUACGUUAUGAUGCGUUUACGAACGCUUAUGACGUAAUAUCGUCUGAUUCUUGACGGUUGCGCGAUUGGUCAAUGUAAAGGUCGGAUGAUCCCUACAUAAAUUUUUUCAUUUUAUUGUCAUUGACAUGUUUAGUCGUCUGAUCCUCGUGGACGUUCGAUGUGUGCUGAAAUUUGAAAAAUCUUGGUUAUUUAAUGCGACACACAAAGUUGAACGAACCAUCGUAACAAAAUGAAUAACAGCAAUACUUGGACUUCGGUCCAAGAUGGUGAUCUUUCUAGUUUUUCGGCCGGUGACAACUUUAACUUGAAUGAUAUGACCGGUUUCGAUGAUCUUUUAACAAAUUGUGAAAAUGAACUAUUAAAUAACGAAAGCUUAUUUGGCGAUGAAAAUUUACUCUCCGAAUUUGAUGAUUCUUCUUUGCCUCUGGGAGGAGAUUUAAAGUUGAAUUUUUUGAAUUCAAAUUCGAUUGAAAUGAAGUUGGAUAGAGUAUUUCAUGAUGUUGAAACUGUAAAGCCAAAUGUCACAUUAUUGUCGGUCCCAGCUCAACAAUUACAUUGUCAAAACCAAGUAAAUACAACGGUACCUUUGCAACAGCGAACGGAAAGAAUUGCUCCUGUACCUGUACAGGCUCAGACUAAUGUUUUUAGUCCGCAGUUUACUAUAUCUCCAAAUGUAAAUUUUAAUAUUCCAUCGCCUGUUGUAACUUUGGCACCAGUUGCAACGCAACAAAGGCAAUUAUUAUUGCCAGCGAAACUAAUCAAAUCCGAGCCAUUAAUAUAUUCUGGAAAAUCACAAACUAUCAACACUGCUCCAGUUCAGCAUCAGAUACAUACAUUAGUAAAUACUGGAAAUGGCACUGUCCUAGCUACAGGGAUCCCUCUUGUUUUGGACACUGAUAAAGUACAAAUAAAUAGAAUAAAUACAAAUACUCAUGUGACUGUUCCAAAAGUUAAAGAAGUAAAACGCAGUGCUCAUAAUGCAAUAGAACGUCGAUAUCGUACAUCAAUAAAUGAUAAAAUUAUCGAGCUUAAAAAUAUCGUUGUCGGAGUCGAUGCUAAACUGAAUAAGUCAGCAAUUUUGAGGAAAACUAUCGAUUACAUUAGAUAUCUACAAAAUUCCAAUGCCAAAUUAAAAACCGAGAACAUGACUCUGAAAAUGUCGGCUCAACGACAGACUAUACGCGAGCACUUGGUGUGUGGCGAAUUGACUCCGCCUCGAUCCGAUAGCAGCGAACCAUCUUUAUCACCGGCUCCUGCACCAUUAUCACCGCCUUCACCACCGACUCCAGUUGUCAAAGAAGAACCUGACCUUACGCACAACAUGCGCAAGCCCGCCGUUGUUUCAACGAGUAACGGCAUACCCGAUCACACCCGCGUAUCUUUGUGCGCUUUUCUUUUCAUAUUCUUAGCAUUCAAUCCACUUGGAUUUUUCAUGAACAAUAUAACGAGGUUUAACUAUGAUUACACCAGCAAUAUAGAAGGGAGAACGAUAUUACAGUUUACGGAUCCACUGGAUAUGGAAUCAACUGUAUGGAGUAACAUGGCUCUCUGGUUUAUAAACUCAACACUGCUGGCCUUCGGCUUGUGUCGACUGUUAUUGUACGGAGAUCCAGUAUUACCAGCUGACAGCAAAGUCUCGGUUGAGCUUCAUCGAUGGCGGCGUCAGGCUGAGUUUAAUAUGUCGAAAGACGAUUACGAGCAAGCCUAUCGAGAUCUCAGUCAGUGUCUCCGUUACUUUUCGCGACAAUUGCCGGUUAUGCGCAUGGACGUGUUCCUUGUAACACUCUGGCAAAUCUUUCGACAAGUAAUGCAUCGAUUGUAUAUCGGCAGACUCGUGACAUAUUUGGGUAAUAAAUUCGGAGAACAGUCUCGUCGACAUUUAGCCGAAAUAUCCGCAAUGGAGAUGGCGAUAGUCUAUCAGCAGGUGCUCUGCCUUAAACUUUCUCGUGGCUCCAAGGACCCAAUGGUCUUUAUCGCUUUGUCGGCAGUGAAUUACGCGGAGGCUGCGGGUGAGACGAUGCCCAAGUCCAUGUUGGCUGAGAUUUACGUUGACGCGGCACUGUGCUUCAAGCAGCCACUGUUCCCUUUCAUUCACAAAUUUUAUCUUAACAAAGCUCGGACUCUCUUGGCCUCCUGCGUCGUACCACAAAAGCUCAAGUGGAUCGCCAACGACGAUGGCAUGCGCUUUUUAGUCUCGCAAAAGUGGAUUUACGGAUUGAGAGAAGAGAGCGACUUUACCGUGCAAAAUAACAAGUCCGAUCCGCUGUCUUAUGCCGCUAGAGCAUACAGAGAACAUCUUAUUAGUCAAGGAUUGAGGUUGUUGGCCGGCACUGUUGGGGAUACUCAUACGUCUGGCCUCUUGGACAUUGCACGGAAAAUCAUUGCUUCGGCCCAGAUUGACUUGUGCAUUUGCAACGAAGAAAACAUUGGGCUAACUAAAGUGGAGGAUGAGGUAGGAUUGUGGUGGGGUGCUGCGAUGUGCAUGUCUGCAAACUUCAGAUUGGGCGAAGAAGAUUCCGAUAUUUGGAACAUCAUUGAAGGGAAAUUCCCAUUUGAGAAAAAUCUUCAAUUAGGCAAUGUCAAUUCGUUGCCCCACGCCAUUCUUCUGCUUCUGCAAUCGGCGAGAUGCCCGUCGAAGCGCACGACGAUGCGCCUUAUCGAUCAGGCCAGUACGUUUCUCGAGCAUUCAACCGUUUACAGCAACUGCAAGCAACAAUCGUCCCAAAAUGUCUUGCUUACCCAAUUGUGGGUGUGCGAUUGGUUGCUGGAGAUAAGAACGACCCUUUGGGAGGAGCUGAAGGGGGAUAUCGAAAAGCCAGCCAUUAUUUCGACUCUCGUUGGCUUUCAACGAGAUCUUGCCCGGAUGCGACAGCUCUGCCAGCACAUAACGUCCGUUUUACCACGUGUAUUCCUGUACGAGGCAACGGCGAGGAUAAUGGCCGGCGCCACGCCCGUGAAGACCCAGAUCUUGUUGGAGCGCAGCCUCCACCAUCGCAACUCGCGAUCUUCGAUAAUCUGCGGCAAGGACCGCUCGCACGAGCAGGGCAAUGGGGAGCGCGAGCACGCGGCUGCCCUAUGCCUGGCUUGCAGGUACCUGCCCGUCCUGCUCCUGGCCUCGCCCGGUGAACGCGCCGGGAUGCUCGCCGAGGCCGCCAAGACGCUCGAGCGCAUUGGCGACAAGAAGAGGCUGCAAGAGUGCUACGAGCUUAUAAAGCAGCUCUCGCCCACCAUAUCUUCGAAUUGAAAGAGAGAGAGAGAGAGAGAGAGAAAGGAAUAUUUUGGGGUGAAUCGAUGCAAUGAUUUUGAUCGCUGCGAAUUUUCUUAAUGACUUUAGCUAAGGGGGCUGCUUGCUUUUUGUGAGGAGAUUCCUGAGUUGUUUUUGUAAUGCUGGAGGAAUUGGA